UUGGCGCCCUCCUACGUCGCUGGGGGCGGCGCGGGGUCAGCGUGGGCCGCAGACGGGGCCGUGAGCAGCGUGCUGGACAAUGUGGGUUUGCUGACGCCCGAGACGCGCGAGUACCUGGAGAAGAUGGUCGGCCAGGUCGAGGCUGACACCGGCCUCAAGAUGCGGGUCAUCCUUCCCAAGCCAGGGCAGUACACCGACAAGGAGUACAUGAAGCCGGUGGCCGUGGCCUGGGGUGUGGACCGCACCAGCCUGAUAUUGAUCGUUGAGGAUGCCAAAGGGGGCGCCGUGGCCAACACUGGCAAGUCGCGUGGCCCCGGGGCGUUCGGCAAGCGCUACCUCGACUGGAGCCCAGGCUUCCGACUCCAGGAGAAGUACCAGUUCCGGCUGUCCAGGGACUUCUUCUUGCGCAACAAGGGCAAGUUCGGCACCCCCGAGUACGUGAAGGAGAACGGCCUGGACGGCGCGGUGCGCGACGCGGCGCGGGACGUGGCCACGUGCUACUACAAGCUGGCCGCCAGCCAGGCCACCCAGAACGGCAUGGCCAGCCCGAUCUGUGGAGACCCCUUCCCCAGGGAGCAGGUGGACGCCGUGCUCGGGGAGCACGGGCUGUAG